AUUUGAGGCACAGUUACAAGCAGUACGUGAAAGGUUAGAACAUGCGAGAUCUCAAAAAUCUGCAGCAUCUACUGGACUCUCCUUUGGCCGUAUUGCUAAACCACUUCGAGGUGGUGGUCUACCAGUAGUGGACCCCUGA